UGUGGCUUUUUGUUAUGUUGUCUCUCGUUCAGCGCGCACCGCCGCACGUGAGAAGGGAGUGCUCCGGCGAGGCGGCCUCCAUCACCAGCAACGCGACUUACUCCACCGGACGAGCGGCGGAGAUGACGAGGCGAUGCUCGCACUGCGGCAACAACGGGCACAACUCGCGCACGUGCCCGGCGCGCGGCGGCGGGGUCGGGGUGCGGAUCUUUGGGGUACGCCUUACGGAGGGCGUGGGGGCGAUGAAGAAGAGCGCUAGCAUGGGGUGCCUUUCUUCCUCGAUUACCCUUUCCAACGCCGGCGCGUCCCCCUCGGCCGAACCGACUGGAGAACACCCCGCCGAUUCCGUCGCGGGUUAUGCCUCCGAUGACGCCCAUGCCACCAGCUCUUCUAUUUGCCGCAAAAAAGGUGUACCAUGGACUGAAGAAGAGCAUCGAAUGUUCUUGCUGGGUCUUCAAAAACUAGGGAAAGGUGAUUGGCGUGGAAUUGCUCGGAACUUUGUCAUUUCCAGGACUCCAACACAGGUUGCAAGCCAUGCCCAGAAGUAUUUUAUUCGACAGAGUAAUGCAUCAAGAAGAAAGAGACGCUCAAGCCUAUUUGACAUGCCAAUCGAGCAAAUCCCAGUCCAUGAAGAACACUCGAGGCCCCAUUCACCUCCUAAUGAACCAGAUAACACAAAUCGCUUGGCAAUGCUGCAUGGCAGCGAACAACAAGGAACUAAUCUUUUGGAAGCUUCAGCAACCAAAUAUGUUCCAGAACUAACAGAAAGCAUCCAUCCUGAUCAAAACUCCAUAGCAAUGAUACCUGCAAUCUACACUGCUUUCAUUCCAGUGCAAUUGCCAUUUUGGACUCCAAAUCUGACUGCUGUUUCGAAAGAUGAAGCAAUGAGGGAUUCUCAUGAGAUCUUAAAGCCCAUUCCGGUUGUCCCAAAGGAAGCACUAAACAUUGAGGAGGUUGUUGGCAUGUCCAAACUCAGCAUUGGCGACAGCAUGGACUAUGCCCCGGAUCCCUCUGCCCUUUCCCUCAAAUUAGUAGGAUCUUCUACCUCAAGGCAGUCUGCCUUUCACGCCAACUCUUCUGUGGCUCUGCCUGAUCUGAACCAAAGUAGCGGCAGCCCUAUCCACGCAGUCUAAGCGUCCGUUCUACCCAUGUGUAAAAAUUCUUUAUCUGCUGUCAACUGUUUCUCUGCUAUUUGCUUUGAACUCCAUAGCAUUCAUUCUUGUAGCAAUCUAGAUUUGCAAUAUAUUAAUUUCAUGCAGCUUGUUAAUAACUGAACUAAUUCUUACUAUGAAAAGUCAUCUUUUCAUGAUUUUGGGCAA